UUGCAGGCACAUGAGGCGUUUCUGAACUACAGGCAUUCAAUUGAUAAAAGUGAAGCAGAUGCUGACACGUGGUGUAGUAUAGGAGUGCUUUAUCAUCAGCAAAAUCAGCCAAUGGAUGCUUUACAGGCAUUCAUCUGCGCAGUUGAACUAGAUCCUGAACACAGUGCAGCAUGGACAAAUCUGGGAGUUUUAUAUGAAGUUCAUGCGCAAUUCAAUGACGCACUUGCUUGCUUUCGAAAUGCCAUCAAGUUCAAUCCAGGUACUUCCUGGCACCGCCCUUUCGUAUUUGUGCCAUUGUUAAUCUGUAUUUAUUAG